AUGGAAAUAAGAAUGCUCAAUCCAUCACAAAAACCUAAAAACUUCAAAACAUACCAAUUUCCAACUCUUCGCAAUCCAGCUGGCUCUUCCCAUUUUUCACCUGUGUAUCUGAUUUCUCCUAGCUUCCCCUUUAAUAAUAUGCAAAUUUUUUGCUCAAUCUUAAAGUGGAGCAAAUUUCUUUCUUUUAAAAAAGCUUAUACAAAAUUUAUAUUUAAGAAUGUAAGAUGUAUAAAAUUUAAUAAAAUAUCAUUAUAGAAGUCAUUAAUUAUAUAUAAAAAUCUUUUUCUCAAUCUUCAAGGGGGUUAGCAUGCAUCAAAGCAAAUCCCCACAGAAAAGACAGACAGAGAAAAAGUUUUAAAACGUACAAGCUCUGAUUUUUAUCUCAGGACAAGUGAAUGAAAGUCCCCAGUUCUUAAGAACUCCAUUAAUACAAGAAAAAAAGAAAAAACCUUGAAACCCCAAAAAUCUGCAACAAAUUGAAUAAAAGAAUUAGACAAAUUAGCAAUGCACAAUAGAAUGCUCUCAGACAACUACUUAAAAAAUAACUCCAACACAAGGCCUACUUCAAGGCUGGUCAUUUCAAAAUCCUCAACUAACGUAAAAGACAAUCAAAGAAAACUCACUGCAUCAGUACCACAGCCGUUAUUAGAAUCCAAAAUGCAUAAUAAAUACAGCAUAGAGGCAAUCAAUAUAUCCCCUAUUUCCACACCUACAAGAGACCAAACAAAUAUUUCAGGAAACUCAAGCUUUGAAAAUGACGAAGCUGUUGUAAGCCUUGUGAAGCUCUUAGUUUCUAAAUGUAAUAGUGGCAAAAAGGAAUUUUAG